AGAAUGGACGCACGCCUGGUUGGAGGUGAUUCGUCUAUUUAAACACAGCAUCACAGCAGCUCUGAGCUCAGAACCAGACAGUUCUUUGACUGAGACGCAUCACCUGUAUUCUGAUAUAUUAAACACAGCUCAAAGGAUUACAUCGCUGACAAUGGACUUUGACAAGACAAGCAGCUUACGGUUUUUGAGCUCCUUCAUCCUCUUAAUAAUGCUACCUCAGUGGACCCCAGUAGCAGGCUGGUCCUACCAUUACUCUAACACCACCAUGGACUGGAAUACUGCUCGUCAGUGGUGUAGGGACCGCUUCACGGACAUGGUGGCCAUCCAGAACCACGGCGAAAUCAGCCACCUCAACACCAACCUUCCUCGAGUAGACGGAUACUACUGGAUCGGCAUCCGCAAGAUCAACAACAGCUGGACCUGGGUGGGCACUAACAAGAAGCUGACUCAGGAGGCCAAGAACUGGGCCAAAGAUGAGCCCAAUAACGGACAGAACAACGAAGACUGUGUGGAGAUCUACAUUAAGAGGGAAAUGGAUGAGGGCAAAUGGAACGAUGAGUCCUGCACAAAGAAGAAGACUGCACUUUGCUACACUGCAUCCUGCAAGAAAGACUCCUGCAGCCACCAUGGAGAAUGUGUGGAGACCAUCAACAACCACACGUGUAAAUGCUUUGAGGGCUUCUAUGGAGAAGAGUGCCAGCACGUUGUGAAAUGUCAAGCGGAGGAAAUAUCUGCUCCUGAUCACGGCAGCGUCAACUGCGUCCACCCUAAUGGCAAUUUCUCAUACGAUUCUCAGUGCGAGUACACCUGCAAUGAGGGCUACCAGGUCGUCGGCUCACAAAGAACACAGUGCAAAGCCUCAGCAGCUUGGUCAACCAAACCACUGACCUGUGAACCUUUUCGAUGCCCAACUCUUGAGGACCCUGUGAAUGGCAGGAUGAAAUGCAGUGGUGGUAGUUUUGGCAGCAGCUGCAGCUUCAGCUGUAAUGAUGGGUUCAACCUUCAGGGGGCGCCAGACAUUACCUGCACUGAGUCUGCAAAGUUGAGCCAGGAGAAACCUUACUGUGAAGCUAUCAGAUGCCAGCUGCCAGAUGUGAAGGCUCCCCUAAACUUUGGAUGCAGCGGAAGUUCGGACAACCACACAGUCAACUUAACCUGCUACUUCAGCUGUGACGAAGGCUUUGAGCUCCAGGGGCCAGCGAGUACUGAGUGCACAGUGACAGGAGAAUGGAGCACAGCCAUCCCAAGCUGCACAGCAGUGACAUGUCUGUACCUCCAGAAGCCAGACAAUGGCCUCAUGAACUGUUCCUCUGAGGAGGCCACCGUUGGUACUUCCUGUUCCUUCAGCUGUUUAGAUGGCUACACUCUUCUCGGCGAUGAGGUGGUGACGUGUAUCUUCACCGGUGACUGGUCUGGAGCAGCAGCUGAGUGUCAAGCUCCUCCUGAGCCCCAGUUGAGCCCACUCUUGGUGACCGGCCUGACCGUAGCAGGAGGUGUUAGUUUGUCCAGCCUCGCUCUGGCUCUCUGGAUAAUAAAGAAACUCAGGCAGAAAGCAUCGCUACUAAAGAAAGCACAAGAAUUUGGCGUCAUGAACCUCGGACGUGCUGUGGCCUGCAGGUGCAGACGACUGCCUCGAUGCAUCUACCUCUGCUCCUGUUGCCGGCAGAAAAGGGAGCCACAAGAGGAGGAGGCAGUGCGGAGAGUGUGUGACGUGGAGACUUACGGAUGGAAUUCUGACUCCAGCCCUUGAUUCCACACGGAUAAAAAAGGCC